UAAUAUAACAAUAUUUUUCUAUAUAAAUCUUAUUAAGACACGCCUCUUUAAAUCUAAUAUAAAAAGAAAAGAUAAAGCAUUUAUGCUAAGAUCACAUUUUAUAGUAUAUACGUAAUGUAUACUUUAAAUAUUUUAUUAUGUAAAUCAUGCCCAAUAAGUGCAACUUUAUUAAGCAACUGUUGAGCCAUAGUUGACAAACGGUUUACAAGCGGAUUAUCUUCAUUCAAUUUGCAAGAAUGUUGGGUGGUGUGGCUGGUCGACAUAUGUCGAAUCGUCGUCGAGGCUCAUCGCCUAUGGUGCGCUUAAGUGCUGGUCUGCCGGUAGCCAGCAGCUUAGACGGCAGCGGAAGUAUAGGGGGUGAAAGUGGUCCUGCGGGAAUAAAUGCCCAAUAUGCACCGAAAAUACCACCGAGACGUCGACGGGCCGUUACAACCAGUGAUUAUAAGAGUUGUGCUCUUAUACAAACGCGGCUUAAACUGGGUGAUAUUAUGUAA